AUGGAACGAGGAAGAGGAGGAACUCUGAAGAUUCUAUUCCUGUUGACACUCUGUCUGCAAGACUUCACUGGUCAAUGCCAAGUUUCAGGGCAGCUCUCUGACCUGAGGAUAGUUCUGGUGGGGAAGACUGGAUCAGGGAAGAGUGCAACAGGAAACACCAUCCUGGGGAGGGAGGGGUUUAAAGAAGACUCCUCCCCUGAGUCUGUUACCUCACACUGUAUGAAGCAGAGUGGAGUGGUGGCUGGAAAGAAGAUCAAUGUGAUUGACACACCAGGACUCUUUGACACAAAAUUGACUGAUACGGAAAUGAAAAGUGAAAUAGAAAAGGCCAUCUACAUGUCAGUCCCAGGACCCCAUGUGUUCCUGCUGGUGAUCAGACUGGGGGUGAGGUUCACAGAGGAGGAGAGGAACACUGUGAAGUGGAUCCAGGAGAACUUUGGAGAAGAAGCCUCAAUGUUCACCAUCUUGCUGUUCACACAUGGAGAUCAACUGAAGGGAAAAUCAGUGGAGGAGUUUCUGGCUGAGAGCAAAGAGCUACGGAAACUCAUCAAUAUCUGUGGGGGCAGAUAUCACUCCCUAAACAAUGACAAGAGAAAACACAACACUCAGGUCCCAGAGCUGCUGAAGAAGAUAGAGGAGAUGGUGAACAAGAAUGGAGGAAAACACUACACCAAUGAGAUGUACCAGGAGGCCCAGAUGAAGAUCGAAGAAGAGGAGGAGAGGAAGAAACAGGAAGAGGAUAAGAGAGAGAAAGAGAGGCAACAGAAGGAGAGAGAAAGGAUCAAAAGAGAAGAAAUAUUGUCUCGAUGCAAGAUAUCAGCAUUGGUCAGUUCGGCCGUAUUGGGGUGGGGAUACAAAUUCUCCUCUCCAUUGUGGUUAGCAGCAGGGUCUGUAUCAGCCAUUUUUGAAGGUUAUCAAUGCAUGGACGCCUAUUUCAAUUGGGGCGGUUCUGACUCAAAAGAGCACGAGGAAUAGGAUUUCACCAUCUCAGAUUGUUCUGAAGUUAAGAUUAGUUUUCAAGCUAUUUUUUUGGGGGGUGGAAAUAUAAUUUGAUCACUGAGAAAUUAAGCUAAUUGA